AUGUACUAUCAAGAAUACCAGGACACUCGAUUCGAGCUAGCCGUGAAACAGGCAACAUCGCUUGAAUCAGACCUCCCUAUCCGUCGACGCGCGGACAUGGCAUCCCCGACGCUUACCGUACCAGAAGAUACCCAAAUGCGCCUCCUUCUCUUCAAGCAGUGCUUGGAGUACGUCUUCAACGCUGUUGAUUCUCCUGACAGCCCCGUGUGGCUUGUCCAGUCGCUUCGAUCGGGAUUCCUGCGUGCGUGGACUGCUGGACUAAAAUGUUCGGCUACCUUGAGAUGGAUACACGGCAAUGGCUCCUGA